UUUACGUUAAAAAAGUUUUUUUUAAUUAAUAAAAAUAAUUUGUACUUAUCUAUUAUCUUGAUUCUGAGGUUUAACCUCAAAUAAAUAUCCCAUUAAAAUAAUGUCUUUACCAUUAUGGAUACAAUAAGGAAUACAUUAAUAUGUCGUUUAUGUGGUGUUAAUAUUGUAGAAGGAAAAUGUAAAAACAUUUUCGAAGGAUCAACUAAUUUGGUACAGAAGAUAAAAGAAACAUUACCAAUUUCAAUAUCUAUAGAUGAUAAUGGUUCAAAACAUCUAUGCUUGCCAUGUUAUGACAAAAUUAUUCUUUAUUAUAAAUUUACCCAAGAAGUAUUAGAAUAUUCCAAAAAAUUAGAGAACGCGUCAGAAAUAAAGUCUUUUUUUGAUUUAUCCAAAGAAAUAACAGACUUUUCAAAAAUUCAUAGUGAUGCUGUAUAUACAUGUCCAAAUUGCAAUGUAGGUUUAAUGAUUUUAUUAGUUAGUAAUUCACAAGGCUGUGAUUAUACCUUUCAAAUCUCAUUAGCUAUGGUAAAUCAUUCUGAGAAGAAACAUGUUAUACAAGAGAAAAAUAUUGAGAUACAUAAAAACUUAAUACAUGCCAAUAAUACUAAGAACAAUAUAUAUUCAAAACAUGAAAAUAAAACAACUUCUGAAAGUGUUGAAAAUGUUCCUAAUUUAAUAAGUCUUACGUUACCUGUAUUGCAACAAGAAGAAAAUAUAAAUUAUAUCAAUGUAUUAUCCAAUAAAGAAAAUACAGAAACUGAAGAGUGGAAAAAGCAGAAAAAAAAAUUUAAAGAAUCUAAUUGUCACAACCAUUCUAUUCAUUCAUCAAAUGUAUCCUACACGUCUAAUGAGAACCUACUGAACUGUGAUUAUGAUUCUGCAGAUCAAUUAGUAAAAGUUGAGAAUGAAAGUGAUAAUGCUUAUUGGUUUGAUAGUGAGACUGACUGUAAAAGUGAAAAAGAUGUAUAUAUGACUGAAUCACAAGAUAUUAUAUUAAAGAAAGAUAAUGCACAAGAAGAAGAUGAUUCGUAUAAGUCUUGUUUAAAAUAUGAAUGCAAAUUAUGUGGAGCACGUUAUCUUUCACAUUUAAAAUACGAAUUUCAUAUGGAAAGACAUAAGUUAGGUAAAAUGUGUAAAUAUGAAUGUACAGUAUGUGAUAAAGAAACAACUAGUGAAAAUUUAUUAUGGGAUCAUUAUUUUCACACCCAUAAAAGUUUACAACGUUAUGUUUGCUUAGAAUGCGGAAAAUUAUUUACUAAACGAUCUAGAUUGAACUGUCAUCAAAAGAAUUAUAAACACUCUGGUAUAAAACAAAUACAAGUCGAUACCAGUAAAGAUACUACUGGUGAAGAUUUUAUACAAAAGGUAAUAGCAACAACAAACCAAGAAAAAGUUUCUGUAAACUGUAAUCUCUGUGGUAAAUUAAUUUCAGACCUAGAUCCAGAUGCUAUUAAUGAUUUAGUUACAUGUAUUGAUUGUGAAGAUUCUACACUUUCUUUAAUGGUAGAUGGAAAUGAAACUAAAGUAAUCUCUCCAAGACAAUAUCAUUGUUCUAAAUGUCCUAAGCAUUUUGUACGGAAAGAACGAUUAGAAUUCCAUGAAAUGAGACAUAAUGAGAAUAUGAAUGAAUUUAUUUGUAGUACUUGUGGAAAAGAUUUUAGAGCUGAAAAUUCCUUGUAUGAACAUUAUCUUUUUGUUCAUAAAGGAGCAAGACCCCAUAUCUGUGAAUUAUGUGGUAAAUCAUUUCAGUUAAAGGCUAGAUUAAAAGAACACCAUAGAAUUCAUACAGGUGAAAGACCAUAUCAGUGUGAUAUUUGUGGUCAACGAUGUAGAACUACAAAUGCCUUAAAACUUCAUAGAAAAAUUCACUUUUCUCAUAAUAGAUAUACUUGUAAUGUCUGCAAUAAAUCAUUUAGUAAGAAACAAAAUAUGAAUGAACAUUUAGAAAAACAUUGGAAAAAUGAUAAAAGUGUAACAUUACCACAGCUAUUUACAUGCCCAAUUUGCUUAGAAGAUUUUCCGACAUAUCGAAUGUUAAAAUACCAUAUGAUAGAAAUACAUGAAAUAAAUAAUCAAGAUCCAAUUUUAAUUAAGCAAAAGCCAUGGUAUGAAUGUACUGAAUGUCAUGAAAAGUUCAAACAUCAAAUGUCUUUAAAAGCACAUAAAGAGAGAGUACAUGAAGGAAGAGUAGAUCCAAAUUACCAAUGUGAUACUUGUAAUGCAACAUAUAAAGUAAAACAACUUUUAGUGAAUCAUAUUAAAAGCAAACAUAAUGGUGAAAGACGCUAUAAAUGUGCACAGUGUGAGAAAGGAUUCAAUGAUACUAAAUCUUUAUAUAAUCAUGUAUUGUUACAUACUGGUAAAAAACCAUUUGUUUGUGAAUAUUGUAAUAUGAGUUUUAGAAGAAAAGACUCUAGAGACCAUCAUCGUAGAAAACAUACAGGUGAACAACCUUAUCAAUGUCCAGACUGUGGUGAAUCAUUUUCUACUUAUAAUAAUAGAUCUAAGCAUCGAAAACGAGAGCAUGGAAAAGAUCCUGAAUGUCCUGAAUGUGGAGAAAAGUGUAGUAAUCAGCAGGAAAUUAGAAUUCAUCUAAAUAAACAUCUUGGAGAAAAAUUGAAAAAACUGAAGAAUAUACAACCCGAAAUGAUGUAGCUUAAAAAUGACAUCAUAUUUAAAUAAAUAGAGUGGAAUCUUGAUUAAUUAGUGUAAUUUAAACUAUUUAAAUUGAAAAAAUACUGAUUAUUUAAAACAUUUAUUUGUAAA